AAAUCAGUUUUAUUUCCCAUUUAUUUUUCACGCAUGACAUAUAUGUAUUGAAUAAUGUCGUAAAUCGGAAUAUAACUCGUGUCUACAAAACAUAGCUGGGGGACAUGACAACUCUAUUAAGGUGCUAAGCAACUGACAAUGAUAAUAGCUAUAGAAUAGUUCCUAAAUGGCUGAAACUCAGCAAACACAGGACGGUCCGCCGUCCCCAUCGCGGACAUCUCCAGCGCUGAGGACAGGGAAACAACCUGCAGCAUCAUUGGGAAAUGCAGGACACCAGAUAGCACGUAUUCCAUCUCCUCCGCCGGAGGUGAAGGAGGCAUACGCAAAGAAGAAUGCCGAGAGGAUGUCAUCAAAACACCGGUACCCACCAUCACUUGUCAGGCUGGCAACAGUGACUAUGGCCCCAAAGCAUCAGGAACACAGGGUUAAUAACUAUAUCGAAGGACCGCAUCAGUAUCAUAAGGUGAUCACAUUAGAUAAGGCAAUGAAUGCUCGGCCACCAUUGCGCAAGGACAUGGAGGGGCCGACACCCUGUACAUACACACCACAAGUCAGGCCGGGUGAGAGGAAUGCUCCGUCUUUCUCAUUCGGCAGGAAGACAUGGCCUGAAAAAGAUGGUUUUGGUGCUCGGACGUCAUGGUCAAAGACUUGGUUUAACACUCCAAAUAUCUGGCAAGAUAAGGUAGACUUCCAUUCUGAGAGACGGUGGCCCUCUCCAGGACACUACCCCCAGAAGAGUAUGAUCGGUCAAAAACAAUACUCCUCUCGAGAGGCGCCGUCUUUCACAAUCGGAACAAGGAAAGAUUUCGUAAUGACUAAAAAAGGUGUGGAAAAUGACCCAUCGCCUAAUGAGUAUCAUCCUGGUCGAGCAGACAAGGUGGUACAUCGGUCGGCACCUGGAUUCUCUCAUCAGUUUAGGAGGGACACUAUUUUAUGGAACUCAAAGGAGGCAACUCCAGAUCCUGGUCAAUAUAGAGGUCGUCUUACCCCAACAAGACAUCAUCGCCCGACCUACUCUUUCGGAUUCAGGCGGGAAAAAACUCACAUUCAUGGACCAUUUGCAACGCUGUGAAUGUGAUAUGAGGUUGUGAACUGUUAUGUGGUCCAACCCUUUGGAAUAAUUGGAUCAUUGAAUCAUAAAGCAAAGGUACAGGGGUUAGUCUGGUUACUCUAAGCUCUAAGGAGGUUAGCAGCAGGCCUGUAGAAAGACUGGACGAUGAACUUUCCAUGGGCUUUUAUUGUAAAUAAGAGAUUAUUGUAAAUAAUAUGCAUGUCGAUUAUGUAAAAUUACUAAUACAUGUAGUUCCUACACUUGCCAAUAUGUGUCACUGUGUUGUUUGUGCAUGGUUUUAUUGCACACAAGGUACUGCUGUUAAUGUUGUAUGUGUUUCAGUAUUUUUGUUUCUUUGCCUUAAAACGAUCUUAAUAAAGUAUAUUUUAGUAA